AUGCGAACCGGGGUUUUCCUGUCGCUGAUACGUGCCGAGGCCCUCGCUGCGCGUGUUGGGGCCCAUGUCCGCAACAAGCAACAGGGACAAGGGGUGUCACACCAGUCCUUUUGCUGCGCCACAAGCGACGAACGGCCUUCUUGGCGUGGGUCCUGCGAGGGAAGAACGCGGCCGUCGAAUCUUCCGCGAAGCCGGUGGGAGCGAGAGAGACGAGGGUGCACUAAUGCCGAUGGGCCGCUGUCUCUGGGAAUGGGAACCGGCGGCUCUGGUGGCGCUCUCAGUAUUGCAGGCGUCGUCGUCACCGAACCCUCCCUUCCUGUUCUUGACAGGGGGCUUCUCCUUGCCGUCUGCCUGUAUACCAUGGUCAUAUCUAAGUUUGACGGAAGCAGCGCCCCUGCGCGUGAGGGCGGACAUGCAGAGACGCAGGUUGAAGGCGGAACGGCUUACGAAACGGUUCGCGACGACUACUACUAUUGCCUCCUUGCGCCUCUCUCGCUUGUCACAUUGUUCCCGUUCGUGCAUUGGAAUUGGCUGAGCAUGAAAUUCUACCGGCACGCUUGA